AUGCAGGCCCCCAUGCAGAAUUACCCCCGGGGAUACCCCCCGGCCGCCCAGCGGUCCCCAGCGACGCCCCGUCGCGGCCCCCCCGUACCCGGAAUGCCCGUUCCCAUGCCCCAACACGCUGUCAACCCACAGUUUAUGCCCGCUCAGCGCGCGAUGGCACACCCUAAUGAAGGUGCUCUCCGUCGCAGCCGCAAGCCGACCGACAGGAACAUCCCCGACGGAAUCGAAGACGUGGUCAUUGGCGAAGGUGUCCAGCAGUACAAGAGCCUGCGCGAUGUAGAGAAGCGAUUGGAUGCCGCCAUUGUUCGCAAACGACUGGACAUUCAAGAUUCGGUCAGCCGGACCAGCAAAAAGUACCGGACCAUGCGCAUCUGGAUCUCCAAUACUGCCGAGAGCCAGCCGUGGCAGGGGCCCGGCAACAACCCAGGCUCGGGCCGGUAUAAGGUGCGCAUCGAGGGACGUCUCCUAGAUGAUGAGAACGACCCCACAGUUCCGCCAGCCGAUGAGAAGGAGAGCGAGGUGGCUGGUGGUGAUGCGAUGGAGCAGGAUGAAGCCGAAGCAGACAAGUCGAAAAAGACCGCACCCACAAAACCGCCCCAGCGCUUUUCGCAUUUUUUCAAAUCCAUCACGGUUGACUUUGACAAGCCAGCCGCCGCCAUCCCCGAGGAGGUUAAGCCGGUUACCUGGGCCAAACCGCAGACGCCCCCCAAUGCGCCGGCACCCCCAAAUGCGGAGUUUGAUAGCAUCCAGUUCUCGCGGGCAUCGCAGGAGAAUCUGAAUGUUACCAUCAGCCUCGUGCGAGAUGAGACCCCGGAACGGUACAAGCUGAGCCGCGAGCUGGCCGAGGUGCUGGACGUUGAGGAGGAGACUCGCAGUGGAAUUGUGCUUGGAAUCUGGGACUACAUCCGUGCGAUGGGAUUGCAGGAGGAUGAAGAGAAGCGCCAAGUGCGGUGCGACCACCGUCUGCGAUCGAUCUUCGGUCGAGAACAGAUGUUCUUCCCCCAGAUUCCCGAAAGCAUCGGCCCACACACCAGCCCCAUGGAGCCGAUCAAGUUGCCCUACACCAUUCGCGUCGACGAAGAGUUCCAUAAUAACGCGACCCCAACCGUCUAUGACAUCCAGGUCGCCGUGGAAGACCCCCUGCGCACCAAGAUGAUGGCCCUUACCCAAAACCCGCAGUACGCCGCGGGCAUGCGCCAGAUUGCCUCACUAGAUGACCAGGUUGCACUCAUCGUGCAGGCGCUCACUCACUCGCGUGCCCGCCACUCUUUCUACACUGCCCUGAGCAAGGACCCGGCUAACUUUGUCCGCCGCUGGAUCAACUCUCAACGUCGCGAUCUCGAGACCAUCCUCGGCGAGGCUGGUCGCGGUGGCGGUGAGGAUGGCAAUGCACCUGAGUUCCGUCAUGGUGGCACUGACAGCCCUUGGGAUACGGUUGUGGCUCAGGAGGCAGUGCGUUAUAUGCUGGCUAAGCCCGAGGCUUCUGCUGCGCGGUAG